CUGUAGAAAUGUUAACAGUCCUGCCACACCCUUAGAAACACACUGAACAGCUCCUGGAAAUCUUGCAGUUUGGCAAUGCAUGUGGUCCUGAUCAGAGUUUCUCUGCUAUAGCUCUCUAGCCUUUCAAAGAACUAAAUGUGCAUCUUUCUGUAGAUAAAAGAUGAUUAAAUAUAGCAGGCUGUCAUAACAGUUCAUGGUUGCUUUGUGGACUCUCUCUCAAUCUGAUCUCAAGCAGUUUGGAUUUUGUUUUUUUUCCUUUUAAAGAGUUUCUGCUGAACUUAUGCUGAUGUUCUGCUGAACUCUGGAGUGGAGUGAAACUCAACAGAAGUUUAUGUGACGGUUGUAAGGCAACAUCAUAUGUCAUAUUUGGAUUGCACAUCUGGAAGUUGUGAGCAAGCACUGGCCAGCUUUUUACAUGUAAUGAGCAGCAUGGUUGAAGAAGAACUUUGUGUUUUAUAGCAGCAUAUGCCCAUGUCUGAUUCUCCAUUACGGUUCUACAAUCGCAGCGGCUGACAUGAAUAAAGUCGUGUCAUGGUCGGGGAAGGAAGUUUCCCUUUGGCUUAAGGAUCAGGGGUUGCAGGAGUACUUGGAACCUUUGCAGAACUGCGAUGGACCGGCUUUGUUAAAUCUUACUACUGGUGACUUCAAGAGGCCACCACUUUCCAGGGUCACAUCGGAUGGUGGGAGGCAGCUCCUUGACAAAGUUGAGAUCCUUAAAAUCGUGCAUCACAUUGACGUGCACAAGAACGGACAUGCCAAUGGGCACAUGGUCUUGAAUCAUGACUGGAAUGCUGGGAGUGCUGGUAAGGCUCAUCGGAAUGGCAUGGUGAAUGGCUUCCAUAAGGAACUGGUGCAGAUUCCCAUACCAGAACCAGCUUCUCCACAAUUCCCAACGGAAUGGAGAAAGACUGCCGUGGCCUUCGUUUAUGCCUUGUGCUGCUUCAUCUUAACCACCAUCAUCAUUUCUGUUGUCCAUGAACGUGUGCCUCCUAAGGAGGCAACUCCACCACUCCCGGACAAGUUCUUUGACUUUUUUGACCGAGUGGAGUGGGCUUUUUCGGUAUGUGAGGUUAACGGAAUGAUUCUUAUGGUCUUGUGGAUUAUACAGUGGAGUCUCUUAAAACAUAAAUCUAUUAUUAUUCGACGGUUCUUUUUCAUAGUCGGGACACUCUACCUCUACAGAUGCAUCACAAUGUACAUCACUACUCUGCCAGUGCCUGGCAUGCACUUCAAAUGCUCUCCCAAGCUGUAUGGCGACUGGGAAUCUCAGAUGCGGCGGGUGAUGAAAAUGAUCGCAGGAGGCGGUUUGACCAUCACUGGCUCUCAUAACAUGUGUGGAGACUACCUAUACAGCGGCCAUACUGUCAUGCUCACCAUCAUGUAUCUCUUCACGAAAGAGUAUUCUCCUAGAAGGUUCUGGUGGUACCACUGGGGCUGCUGGGUUCUCUGCGCACUAGGAGUCUUUUGCAUUCUACUUGCUCAUGACCACUACACCAUUGAUGUUGUUGUGGCCUACUUCAUUACCACACGCCUCUUUUGGUGGUACCACACUAUGGCCAACCAACAAGGACUCAAAGUAACGUCCCAGACCAAUUUUUUCACCCACGUGUGGUGGUACCGAUUUUUCCAGUACCUGGAAAAGAAUGUUCCUGCCUUCGUACCUCGUAGCUAUCAGAAGCCCUUCUCAUGGCGAUCGCUGCAGUGGGGUCACGUGAAGUACACGCGGAUGGACUCAGACUGACCAGGAACAUUCAAAUCCUCCAAGUCCAUGUGGACGUUGGUCUCCAAAACAUGUGCCUGAAGUGCCCGAACACAAAAAUCUGAUGAUGGCCUGAAAUUGUAACUAAACCCUUUAAGACUCUGCUGUGAGUCUCCAUCUAACAGACUAGUCAUCCAAAGCAUCUCAUUCCUCACUGGAUCUAUUUUUGGACCUUGGAUGUAAAGCUUAUUGUAUACAGUUUGUAUGGGGCUAAGUUUAAAGGAAUGGUUCUUACUAAACUAAUAUUUUUUGCAGUUUAUUCAUAUUGUUGUAUGAAUUUGUUCCGAAGACCACACAAUGAGAAAUUUGGAAGAAUAUUCUGAUCGCUCUUUUCGGGACAGUUGCAUUAAAUGGGAUCUGAAGCUUUCAAGUUUCAAAAAUGACACACAGCACCAUUGAAGUAGCCUAUCUUUACCAAAGCUAUAAUAUGUAUUCAGAAUACUUGGAAUAUAGCACAAUUUCAUAAUAUGAUAUUUUAUGCUGCUUUUCCUCAUUCAUUUUCAUUAUGUGAAAAAGAGCUGUCUGGAUAUUCUCUAAAAAUUCACCAUUUGUGUUCAAUGGAAAAAGUAAUGUGGUUUGAAACGACAUGAGGGUGAAUGAAUAAUUACAGAAUUUGAACCUUUGGGUGAAGCUAUUCCAUUCGCUUUAGGAUAAUGGUUUACAUGAAACCAAGCCAAACACAGCUAGUGAUGAUGGGCAAGUUAUUUUGUUCAUUCUGGUUGUGCUAUUGGGCUCACAUUUGUUCAUAUCAUCAUCCUGAAUUGCACAAUAGGCUCCAAAAGAAGUGAACAGCACCAACAAAUGCGUGUUCAUAUUCAAGACUGCGAGAGCCAGCAAGCUAAAUGCCAAGUUAUUGACUUGACUAUAUAGAACCUAAUUAUGUUUGCCCCAGAAAGCCGUCUUUUCAAAAUGUGUUUUUGUUUGUGCACAUUUUGAUAUGUCAUUUGUCUUGUCAUUUGGUCAGAGAAUGUUUCUAUGGAUCUGAUUUUUAUUUUCCAAAUUACUGCUUUAUUUGUUUGUACUUGAAGCAACAGAAGGUGUAUGUAUGUUCAGAUAAUCUAAUGCUCCUCAGUGCCUUAAUUGUUCAGAUUUACCAGUGUUCUGGCGGUCAUGUGUAACAAUAUGUUUGUUUGUUCAAAGACAAUGUCAGUGUUUUGGACUUGAUCAGUUAUUCAUGGUGGUUGUAACUACCAUCUGCUGAACUGUAGUACUACAGAUGCUUGAAAUAGAACCAUCAAAUUCUCAUUGUCACCCGAAUGUAACAGUCCUGUUAGUGUCUUUCUUCAAUGCUAUUUCAGAUGUCCUUAACCAUUUUUCCAUUAUUGUAAAUGUAUUUAUUUAUGUUUUGCCAUUUUUGUAUUUAGUAUUUCACUUUGUUGAAUAUGGAAUCAUGUUUUGUUACGCUUUUUGGCUGUGCUGGAUUUACUGUUUCCACCGAGAUUAGUUCGGAGGCGCCUUAUUACUGUAUUUAUGUUGCUGUGUCUUGACUGAGAAGAACGAUGUGACCCGACCCAAACUCUUCAUGAGUCAGUGCAAAUAAUCUGUCGUAUUGAACACCCAGUACAACAAGCUGCUAAUUGUUAUGUGAUGGUGGGAGGUGUAUGUCCAUUAGCAAACAAAUAAAUUACAAAUAUU